AUUAGUUUCACGGUCAAUUCAAACUCCUGCAAGUGCGCAUGCGCGUUAACGUCUGCGUCAGUGUGUCCGUCACAACCACAACAUGGAUUUAGAGGAGGAUGCUGCAAACGUAAACAAUACCCCUGCAGAGGCUCCCUGCCAGCAGCAUGGACAACAUGUUCAUGGUUCAGAGGCUGACAGACCAUGCACAGAUCCUGACAAUCAUGGAAGACCAUUUAGCAACACUCAGGACUUAAGCGUGCAGCCACUGAUAGACAGAUCUGAGACUUUACAACUAGAGUUUCAGGAUAGCCAGAUGUCACCUGCACUUACCCUGCUUCCCUGCCUGGACAAAUCUCACCUUCUUUCUGACUCCGCAUUUUUUCAGCAUACAGAUGCAGAAUUUGUCCCUCUUCGGGGAUUUCCUGACCUCUCAGUUGUCUCUGAAAGAUGUCCCAGGAUUUCACAUGUAGUUGUAACUGAUGCUUCCCACCUCCAACAUACUAUUUAUGACCAGGCUACGCUUUCCCAGCAUCCUUUGGAGGUACCAGAAUCCAUGUCAGAGGGUGAAAAAAGCUUCUGUUCACUUUCCCAGCACAGCUUGUCACCUGGAGACCAUAGCAAAGGACUUGAGGAUCAAGGGAGUGUUUCAUAUGUUUCUGCGGACAAAAUCAUCAGAUAUAUGGAAGGAGAGGAGCAGACCACUGCUCAGCAGCUUAGUGAGGGAAUGUCUGCUCAGCUCCUAUCAGAGUACAGGGAAGAGGAUGUUAUUGUGGCUGUUAGCAGCAGUAGUGCUGUUUCCUCUGCUUCAAAUACCCAAAACACUGACAAAAGCCAGUUGGAUCCUUCCAUGAACCUUCAAACAGGCCGAGAGCAGCCACAAGGAAGUUCACUGUCAUCACCAUCUUCAUUUCAGAAGGCUGUAGGUUCAGUUGUUGGCUCAGAUGUGUCAAAUAUUACUUUUCGUGAGUCACAGAUGCACCCAUAUCAAGCAACUGACCAUCUCCGUGAUCAGCUUCUGUCUGCAGGACAAACAGGCUCAAUCUCUGCACCAGCAAGUAUGCAUCAUAGUGGGAACAAAAGUGGACUAUGUGUCACACCAGCUGAUGAAGGUGUGAUGCAUGUACCCGGUCUGCAGAGAGCGCUUUGGAGCUCCGGUCAUCUAACAGCGACAGAUGGAUCAUUUUUGAGCUCGCAGCCUGUGUCUCAGUCCACACCUGCAGUACUUCUCAUGAGACCCCCACCAGCAUUGACCAAACUCUCACUCAAACACUCCAAACAAGAGGCUGUUGCCUCUGUGGCUCCAUCAGCCCAAAACAGUCACUCAAAAACUGGCUUAUUAACAUCAUUGGACCUAAGUGAUCAACAUUCUUCUCCCAUCUACUCUGAAACAACAGCUACAGCCUUUGGUGGACCUUCAGAGACUGCACAAAUUAUGUCACGUGUCUCAAAUGAACAAGUCUCUCCUCCGGUUUUAAAUCCACCGGCCUCUGAUACACUUCACUCUGACACUCAGCCCUUUUACUCUGGUACUCUUGGCAGAGUACAGUCUCUUCCCAGUCUGAGCUACUUACAAAAAGUUGAUGCCUGGAAAGCCAAUCAAAGUUCUAGCAGGUCGUUUUAUGAUAAUUUGGACCUACAGGGGUUUGAUGGUGUGUUUCCCAAGAUAAAAGCACAGGAUGCAGUGUCUGAGGCACUUAAGCACAUGCUUUCUCGAGACACACGUCAAGAAUUUUGUGCUAAUGUUAGCUCCCAAGUGACUCAGCCACUGUCCUCCCCUCAUUCUGGAAGCAGCUCACCCCGUCGGGUGGAUGUAGUUGGGGUGGGUGCAUGUAGAGGACAAGCAUCCGAGUCACCUGUCAAUCGCUCACAUUCUCACUCCUCUCUGAGCUCGGUGGUGACUUCUAUUCAGAGAGACACUGGCACACACAGUCAGCGAGUUCCAGCAGCACAAUCUGAUGACAUCGUUCCAGCCACCAGAUCAUUGGACAGUCGGCCAUCAUUACUUUCUGGUGGAAGUUCAGCUCCUCACAUGGACAAAAGCUCCAUCAAGAUGUCUCCUCUCAUCAGUCUUGGUCGCUUCAGUGAUGUACCAUCAAGCCUCAACAUGAGCAGUACUCUCUCCAGCUCUCAAGGCAGUUGUCAUGGCGAGCAGAGUAUGCGGGCGUCAGUGGGUGCUGCUUCUUCUGUAGUGAGUCUUGAGGUAGAUAAUUAUGCACCCUACUGGACCUCCAGACCUGCGUCUCCUCCUCACACUAAGGAGCUCAACAUUGAAGACAGAAUCCCUUUGUACCUCCUAAAUUUGGGCAUCGACCAAUCACCUUCAACAAUCCUAAAUCCAUUUAUUCGACGAGGACCAAUCAGAGAGCCUGAAUUCUCUCCUACUGACUUAUGUACCAUCAAAGGCUCCAUAGGAACAUCAACUAAAAGCACGCAGCCAUCUGAAGUUGACAGUCUUCAGAAGGAGACAUUCUCCAGUUCUAGCCAGCUGUCAGCUGACUCCAGUGCUUCUGUCACACACCGCUUAUCAGUGCAUGAGCAAAGCCAACCAGCCAGUGACAGAAGUGUAAAGAGGAUAUUCACCCAGGCGGAUACUCAGUCACUUCAUUCAACAUCACAUCCUUCAUCAAGCCUACAACAAUCUGAUAUUCUACAAAGUGAAGGAAGCUUUGGCCUCCCAAUCCAGAUCAGCUCAGAAUCUGUGCCGCCUCCAGAUCCCAGAGAAAUGGUAAAAGAGGGUGAAGACUCGUUUGUGGGCUCUGGCACACUGCAUGAAAUCAGGCGUUUGCUGGGCCGUGCAGAAAGCCUGGUUUCUGGUCGAUCAUCUCUGUCUUCCUCUCCUGCUUCACACCGUCUCUCAGAGAGUGACACGUCCCUUGUUUCACUAGGACGAAACACUCAAGGUUAUGAUGACACAUCUCUGUCAGCUGGUGGGAACCUUUCUCUGCUGCUAACUCGCUCUUCAUCAGAUUCGGCUUUAAAAGGAAGCUUGUCGUCCUCCCAGGGGCCACAACAGACAGACCACACAACUAUAGAACCUGCUGCUCUCUCUUUGAGCAGAGAGGAAAGUUUGAAGUCACGUGACCUCUGUGUGACCCCAAGGCGGGCUGAGCCUGAGGGCUGCAGUGCUGCUGACCCAGACAAGGCAAAGCCACCUACAGCCACAUCUGUCAUGCAGAUAAAUGUCCCUUCGAUACCAGGGAACCUUCAGCAGAACCAGGACAAGACUGAGGAUGCUGGGAUUGGCUCCUCCGAGAAUAGUUCGUCUCAUUUCUCAGCUGAGGUUGGAAGUUUUAGCGACAGUUGCAGCGAGAGUUCAUUGGCUGCCAGAGUUGCCAAGCUCCUGCAGAGUGAGUCACCUGUUUCUAUGGUUACAAGCGGGCCAAGCACCGCUGACCCAGAAGAUAGCCGUGCCCGAGAAUGGAUCCUGAUGAAGGUUUCUGGCCGCCGAUGUGAAAGUUUAGAACUAAACGCAGAGGACAGGAAGAGAAUUGAAGACAUCAAAAGAGAGCUUCUACUAAACACCAAAUACACCAAGUGGAGCUCAGAUUCUGAGGGCAGUGCUCAGUCGAGUGUUGGUCCUGGAUAUCACCUGACGAAGGACUUUGUUGGACCGCGUAACAUGGAAAAUCAUAUCUCAGAUCAGCUGCAGAAAGACACAGACAAUGUUCCAAUUUAUACGCCUUUACAACAAGAUCCAGGGGCCAAAGUUCACCAGAGAGAAGGGCUUUUGUCUCAGCCUUUUACUUCUAUUACUAUAGCAACCAAUCGCCGUACUCCAUCUCCACAGUCACUGCCAAAUUGCCCUGUCACAGGUACUGCAGACUUGGAUAGUGUUGUUCCCGAGCAAGAGACGUUAGAGCGAGAGAUCCACCACAGAGGAGCAGAUGCCAAAUUGGGAACACAACUGAGACAUCAGCCAGUCAUUAAACCUUAUGUAUCUGACAGCAAAAAAGAGACAGAGAGAGAAGGACAACAUAGAGAAGAGAAGGAAAGAGAAGAAAUGACUGAUGGCAAAGAGAAUGCUGUUACGAAUGAUUCCAAGAGUGUUCAAAGAAUGCCUCAAAUGGAUUAUCCUGUCACGAGCAGUAACCAGCUAUUAUCCAGUGCUGCGAUUGUCUCAAACUUUGGCUGUAAGUCCCACCUCUCUCACAUGCACGUGACUUUAUCACCCAAACCCAAACAUCCAUCCAGUCCUGUGAAAUACCACUCAAGCAGACUAUCCAGUCAAAACGGCAGUAAAGAUGUCCCACUUCAAAGACAUUCACUAAUGGUGUCAAGCAUGACCGAUGAACAUCUGCAGUCCAUCCCCCGAAUCUCAACAUCAAAUCAUGCCAGUUCCUAUGAACACAGAGAACCGGUUCAAGGCCAGAAUGCAGGAACAGUCAGUGUACACUUACAGGCCAGAUACCCACAAAACUUUGUUCCCUCUCAGAGGCUGGCUGGGACAUCCAGAACUCUCUCUGUCCAAGCGGCAACUGUCCCUGCACUAUUGCCAUACAAACCUCAUGGCAGCUCCGAGCUGUUCUAUGUCCCUCAGGCAGAUCCAGAGCUUUCUCCUGGUCGCUCUGAUACAACUGUAGAAAGCUCUCACGCAGGUUCUGAUGAUGCUGUCCCUCCACACUUUCAUAUAGACGUUUUAGGCUCUAGAGAGAUAGAAGACAACAUAAUUACACCAAAACACAAGGAAGGCAUCUACAGUAAGAGGGUCAAUAUGAAAAGAGUUUCAAGUGUGUCUGGAAAUGGUCUUCCAGAAUCAGUAGCCACUUUUGCUGACCAAAAUGACUGGACUGCUCCUGAAGCUUCUUAUGUCUGUAAGAAGAACAUAGAGACUGUUAGUAUAAAUGAGCAGUAUAAAGAUGAGGAAGAAAAUUUUGUCCCUCUUGACAUGGAGGCAGACUAUAGUACAGAUGAUGUGCAUCUUCACAGAAGCUCCAUGCAGGAGCCUAAAUUGCCACUAGAACCACUCCAUUUACCUUCUCAACCAAUCAGAAAGUCCUACAGGGGGAACAAGAAAAGGCAGGAUAGAACACCUCAUGAUACUAACAUGGAGAUUAGCAGUUCUCUGGAUCAGCUGUGGCGUCGCUUCAGUGAAAAAUGGAGCAUGAAUGAGACGCGACUCACCAAUGAGGGAGAGAUGUCUCUGCUUGAUAGAUUGGAGCGUCUGUCUCGUCUCAUUCACAACACCACUCCAACUGACCCAACUAUACUACAACCAGAAGGCAGGAAUGAAGACUAUGACAGGAGAAGGGAUCGAGAGGAUGAGACCACUGAGGGAGGAGAGCAGAGAGAAAGAGUCCAGUUAGAAGCAUCUCCACAACAAGCAUGGCCUGACCAUGAAGAGAGUCAAGAGAGAGUGCAUCGCUGUCCUGCCGAGAGAGACGAGUCUGCGAGUGUGUCCAUGGAGACGAGCAGUAGUAGCCUGUCCACCGUUGACACAGAGCGCCUGCUGCGAGCUUUUGGACCUCACCGGGUCACCAGUAAAGGACUGAAAACUAGUGACAGCUUGCUUAGACUUUACAACUCCAUCAAUAUGCAGAAGACUGGCCGAAGGAAACCCAGUACUAAACAUGCUGCUGUCUCUGUUGCUACCAAUGAUGUGAGCACGGAUGACUCCACAGUCUCUGCUGACUCUUUGUCAUCUUCAAGCAUGUUUUCCCAUCAUUCUGAAAGAGGUGUCUCCCACAGCCUCAAUUCCAAAAGGUCAAAGGUCAAACUGCUCAGCAAAGGUGUACAGGCAGGUGAUUUGGAAAUUGUGAAAAAUGCCACGCGCAGACACACUCGGGACGUAGGAACCAUCUUUCCCUCCCCAGGUGCUUUCAAAAAUGUCCAUUCACCAAACACGUUUGGCAGUGGCGUUCCCAUCCCCACUGCUUCCACAGCUAAACCCACCCAAAGCCUGACAGCUCUGAAGAGAAACACCGGCAACAAGAGUGUCCGGACCUCUUACCCGAACGGUGUGUCAUGGUUUGUCUCAGCUGAUGAGCUGAAGUGUGAUGGUCGCAAGGAAAACCAGCCACAGAGUGAAUCAGCACCUUGCCUAACCCAUGCCUGGUUUGAGCCUUACAGUAAAGUCCGACCCUGGAGAGAACCGACCAGAGAACCUCUGAGAGAGAGACAGAACCAACAAGAGCAUGAGAAGCCAGCAGAGUCUAGAACAGCUAGCGAGACUGAUAUCAGCAACAAACCCUCAGCUCUUGUUCGCCUUUCACUACAGGAAGCUCUGGCGCUCCAUCGGCCGGAGUUUGUGUCUCGUUCACGGGAGCGAAUGAAGCGGCUGGGGUUGCUGGUUGAGGAGAGGAGGUUACAGACAGUCUUCAGCAGAGAGAGAGAAGAGCUCUUCAACUGCCCUGGACCAUCACGUCCACUCAGACCAGCGCCAGUACCCUGUAAACGAGUCGUUCCAAGAAGAGAGAUGGUCCAACGAUCCAAAGAGAAAUACGCUCAACUUCCUGAGGUCCAGAAGAGAAAGGAAGAGGAAAGGAGACGGAUGGAAUACCGCUCCUACCGCCUCAACGCUCAACUCUUUAACAAGAGAGUCACCAAUCGUGUGUUGGGAAAGAGAGCAGCCUGGCAGUGAGGUCAAAUAAAAUAUACUCAAUUUCAAAAGCCUUACUGUUCCGUUAAUGUCACAGGUUUUUUUUAUUUUAUAUGGUGUGGUUUUUUUUAUAAUGGUUGUGUGCAUUCUGAUUUUAGGUGUAAGAUUUUAUUUAAAAUAGUUGUAAAUGUGUAUUAUUUAUGUUGUUGCAGUGUUCGAUUUUUUGAUUAUGACUACCGUAUAUUAUUAUUG